AUGGUGUUGUGGGCACACGAAAUACCCGAUCCGCAUCAGCGCUGCUAUAAGACCAAAAAUUUAACGACAAUCACAAAGCAAAAGAUGGAUUUACCGAGCUCGAAUGACGUGAAACCACCACCACCACCAGAGGCAGAAUGGUGCAAUUUGGAUUCAACUGGCUCGUCGUUUUUGCUUCCGGAAGGCUGGCCAACUAUGGAGUUCUUUGUCGAUUCUCGUUCAAAAGGCCCAGCAAAUAGCGCUUCAAAAAUUCUUAACGAUUGGGAAAAUCGUGUUUUUUGCAUUGAAGGGCGUGGUGGUAGGGUGGGAUCAUGCGUCUUAUUGAAUAAGCAGCACAUUUUGACCGCUGCGCACUUAUCCUUCAAGCUUGGAGAAUGCUACCCAAUCAAAGGACCCGGUUUGGAGGGCAGUUUGGAUCUGCGCGUGCGCUGCGAUUUCAUUUCUAACCAUUUCGAUUUCGCCGUACUUAGUUCGGAUGCUCUUCAAGACCUCGAGCUGUCUACAGACGCACUGAAGCGCGGCUCUAAAUAUUUCAUAAUGGGCUAUCCAAACGGCGUCGAAGCUUCUAGGCCGACAAUCACAAAAGGAAUCAUCAAAGAGUGGAUGGUGGAUGGCAUUCAUCUAGUCGGAACACCUGGUUCAAAGCGAGGCUGCGCAGGCGCUCCGGUCUUUGAUGAUACUAGACGUUUGGCAGGAAUAUUGAUGGGGAGUGCAACAGCUCGAUUAGAUCAACUAAAGAUGAAAGCUAUCCUCGUUGUAUUCAUCUUGAUUCAAGUCUCACUAGCUCUCGAAUGUGUUCUCAACGCGGGAACGAGUCCGAAACUCCCAAGUCCUCCGCCAAUACUCAAAUGCGACUGUGGUAAUUAUUGUUCCAAAUUUCAAUACGAGGGUGACUACCUUUGGGGUUGCGGUUGUAUGAUCAAUUCGAAUACUGGCAAGGUUAUAAAUGCUUGCACGCACAAUGGCCUCAAUGAUGGUAUUAACUGCUGCUCUGGCAAUCUUUGCAAUAACAAGGAUCAAACAAGUAGCAACGAAAAUCUCCUGAUCAAGACUCUCGCCAAAGCCACUAAAAAUUUGAUGAAG